UGUGUCCUCAUCUGUGACAAAAACAACAACUGGUAUGUAGUGACACGCAUGCUGAUUGCGCCAAAAGGUGUUUAAUACAAGGUUGAACACGUGCGUCAAAUGUGAUCGCAGCAACCUGAGAGGAAACCAUGAGUCGAUUUUGGAACGAGCUGUUGAUGGUGCUGAUGCUGACGGAUAUUUUGAUCGUCGCGUUGGCGCGCAAAGAAGGCAAAGCGCGGAGGCGCAAAGUGGAGGGUGGGCAGGACACGCAGCCGCAGCGCAGCAAUUCCACGUCUUUCCAGAUUCCCAUCGACCCCAUACUCACCGGAGACCACACAGCCGGAGCCGGAGAACGCGAGAUGGACUUCGACAAGGCUAUAGAUGACAUGGUGUCUCAGGUGAGGAACAAUCCGGCUCUGUCCAAAAGCAAGUGCGUGGUGGACCGCCACCUGUGGAUGUCCAACAGCCGAAGCCUCUCCCCGUGGUCUUACAGGAUCAACCAUGACGAGAACCGCAGGCCCGUCGACAUCCCGGAGGCCAAGUGCGCAUGCGCGGGGUGCAUAAACCCGUUCACCAUGCAGGAGGACCGUUCAAUGACCAGCGUGCUCAUCUACGCCAAGAUCCCGGUGCGGCGGCUGCAGUGUCCCAGCAAGAAGAAGAAGAAGUGCGUGCCACGUUACCGCACCGUGGUGGAGAGCAUCGCCGUGGGCUGCACGUGCAUAGCGGGCUGAGAGCCAAACUCACCUUCAUGAACUCUCAAUCUGAUCACGUGAUUUUAUUAUUAUGGUUAUGAUUAUGAUUAUGAUUAUUAUUAUCAUCACUCCUGUCUAUGCGCAUGCUCAAAGUCAAGUUUCUGAACCAAACCUAAAGAGAAACACGGUGUCUCUUACUGCAUCAGAGCAAACAUUCAUCUGUCCAGUUUAUUACAAUUGAGUAUUGUUGUUAUUGUUGUUGUUUAUUCUCCUUAUAUUGGUUAUAACAGCCUUAUUUUUUUAGCCAUAAUUAUUCAGCAGCUUUAUGCUACAUGUUAUGCAGUUAAACCUUAAGUCAUUUGUCUCCAUUCCAUUCCAGUGACUUAGUGAGGCAACAUGAAAACUACUUUAUUUCCUAUUUGUUCUCCUUCAGGCCACAAGGUCAAAUAUGGCUGUAUUGUAUUUCUUUCCUAUAUUCAAUGCAUAGAGAGCUAUUUAGUAUUUUUUUAAUGGUAUCACAUGUAAGCAUACUGUAUGGGGAACCAGGAUUUGCAUAGUUGUGAUUACACCUUGCUGCUUUUUUUUUAUUAUACUGUUCCUAAGAUUUGCUUCAGAGUUUAAUCUUAAAACAUUAUGCUUUGUAAAUGCCUCGUGAGCUCAAAGCUUUUAUUUAGCUUCUCUUGUAAAAGAAAAUAAUGCAUGCAUGUAUUUACUGACAGUGUGUAGGAUUAGAUAUGCUAAAUGGAUGAUUUACUCCAAUACAUGAAUCAAUAAAAAAUUUUUUUAAUUAUG